AUGGCAGCUGUAGCUCUUCGGGUGAAUUUUGAAAAUGUAGGCGUAACUCCAAACAGGCAAAGAACUCCUCCGCUGCCUCAGCAUUGCGGCGCCUGUACAAUCCGGGCGGUCCGCAACUCCGGACGUAUUCUUCGUCGCCCUGCUGUGGGAUUGAGGUUCAUUGUUCUUCUCUAUCGCGAUGAACCAUGCGGUACCGAAUCUAACCAGUCCGCGCCCCUUUACGCGGACCAAUGUGUAAGAAUUCGUGAAUUGCCGCUGACCACUACCAGAGCCCCUAGAAACUCUGCGUUCAGAAUUUCAAAGACCUGGAGCUGGGCUGCGUACUCAGGCCAAGGAAGUGUUCACGUACCCGCUUUGGACAGCCUAUGCAAUGAAAAUCAAAAAAAUAGCAAAAAAAACCUGACAUUUAAGCAUAUCGCUUGGCGCCCUCAGGUAGCAGAACUCCCCUCCAGCCGCUGCUGUGCGCCGCCGCAACGAGCGGCUCCUGUGCGGCGGUCGGGGGUGGGAUGCUGUGCUCCUUCUCCGCCUGCCGAAACCGCGUGGGGACCCGCUGCUGCAGCAGCAACGGCAGCAGCAGCAGCAGCAGCAGCAGCCCUUCUUUCUCCUCUGCCGUUUAGCUCGUUGUUGCCUGUAGCUUGUAGAAACGCCAACAUGGCAACACUUGCUGCUGCUGCUGCUGCUGCAGCUGCAGCUGCUGUCCCAGUAGAAGGGGCGACAAGAAGUACUGCAGCACGUGCAGCACCAGGUGCAGUAGCAAAUGCAUCAGGUAUGGGGGAAGGAGUGAAAAGCUUCGAGGGAGCAGGGACAUCACCUGCAUCAGCAGCAGCAGUAGCAGCAGCAGCUGCUGCUGCUGCAGCUGAAGACGCGCAGCAAGAAGGGGGACGAGCUCUUCUUAAAGCUGCACCGGAGAAAGAAUCUUCUUUGUCAAAAUCAUGUGCUGCUCUCAAUGCUCUGCGCGCCCAGCUCGCUGCCCCUCUGACAGAGAACAAGAGCAGCAGCAGCAGCAGCAGCAGCAGCAGCCUGGAAAGAGAAUCUGAUGGGACACCUUCUCAUUCUCCCGCUCCGCCUUUGGAGGCCUGUGCGGCCUCUGGGAGCGGCGGCGACGGCGUGUUGCUGAAGGCAGAGGUAGCAGAGCAGCAAGAGCCUGAGGCAGCAGCAGCAGCAACAGCUGCUGCUGCUGCUGAUGGCGAGGAGGAGCGCCUCGAAGCCCGCUCUGCGUUACCGGAAGGCCUCAGCGUUAGGGGGGAAGGCGGAGCGGAAGGCUCUUCCCCCGCUGCGGCUGCUGCUGCAGGUGGCAGCAGCAACAGCAGCAGCAGCACCAACAGCAGCAGCAGCGGCAGGGAGGGCGCCGCUGAGGGCUCUGUUUCUGAAGGCCCAUCAAGCUGGCCUUUGGGUGCUGCAGGUUGGCGUGAGGGGCCCCCACGCCGCUCUCGGCCUCCUCGUCGUGCUGCUGCUGCUGCAGCAGCAGCAGCAGCAGCAGCAGCAUGCAGCAGCCGGCGUCCUUCCGAAGAAGUGGGUGGUGGUGGCGGUGCAUGCCCUGCUGCAGCGCUUGCGCUGCGUGCCUCAGCAGCAGCAGCAGCAGCAGCAGCAGCAGCAGGGGGCCGCGUAGCUCCCCGCCUCCCAGGGGUAAAGUAUUGCCACUCUCGCAAUGCGUGGAUUGCACGGUGGUCUGAAGAAGGCCAAGAAAGGUGGAAGACAUUUUCUGUAAAGGCCUGCAAAGGGUUCACAGAAGCGCGCAUGCAAGCCGUGCAAUUCAGGUGGGAGAAGGUCCGCCUAAAGUAUGCUAAGUUGAUGAAACAAGCUACCCCGCAACCAGCCCUGAUGAAUGCAGCAGCAGCAGCUGCCGAGGGGGGCCCCCCAGAGGCAAUUGACAUGGAUGCAGAGGCAGCAGAAUUAGCUGCUGCACUGCAGCUCUACGGCAGCGCCGCGGGUUCCUCCAAUCAGGAGCAGCAGCUGCAGCAGCAACAACCACAACCGCAACAACAGCAGCAACGCACGCAGCGCAUGCAGCGCUGCGCGGGGGCCCAGGGAGGCCCCAACAGCGGAGCUGCCAGCCCUUCUUCGACUUCCUCUGGGAGAGGACAGUCUGCUGGUGCUGCUGCUGCAGAUAGCCAUUCGAAGCAAACAGCGAGACAGAAGCGGCAGGGAGGCCCUCUGUUAGCUGCUGCAACAGAGGAGGGGCCAAGGCCCUCCCAGGGGAGAACACCAAGUGCGAAGAAGACAUGCAAGCAGCAGCAGCAGCAGAGGCAGCAACAGCAGCAGCUGCUCUUGCAGGGGGAGGAACAGCAGCUGCUGCAGCAGCAACUGCAGAAGCAACUGCAGCAGCAGCUGCAACAGCAACUCCAACAGCAGCAGCAGCAGCAACAACAACAGCACGAGCUGACGAAUAAUUCUGAUCAGCUCUCGGCCUCUCAGUGGGCGUUGCUGCAGCAGCACUUGCAGCAGCAAGCUGCACGUAGGAAGGCGAGCAGCAAAUCGAUGUCUGUGCGUUCUUCUCGAUCUGAAGGAGAGUUGGCGGAGGGCGCAUCUUCGUUGUUUUCCCCUAAGGGUCCAGCAGCAGCAGCAACAGCUGCUGCUGCUGCUGCGUCUGCUUCGAGGGGGACAGGGGCGCAGGUCUCUGGGGCCGUAGCUUCCGGCACUCCACUUGCUGUUAAGAGCGACACUCUCUACGGAGAAGGUGCAGAUACACCGCAGACGGAGGGAGAGCUGCGGACGCAGCUGCUGCUGCAGCUGGCCACCAGGCUGCAACAGCAGCAACAGCAGCAGCAGCAGCAGCACGGCAGUGAGCAGCAAGACACUGCGAUGCUGCUGCAGGCCCUCAAGAGCCUUCUCCUGCACCGACAACAAACACGACACGAGCAACAAGAUUACGGCGCACGGCUCCCGCUGCACGCCCAGCAGCAGCAACAGCAGCAACAGCAGCAACAACAGCAGCAGAACAACAACAAAGACAUCGAGGCAGACUUGCUGCGGCUAGUUGCAAGGUCUGCAGGGCUAUUGGGGGGAGCUGGGGAUCGGAGCGCUGGGGGGGCAGUUGCUCCGUUGUCCGCCGAGGCUACUGCACUGCAGCAGCUGCAGCAGCUGCAGCAGCUUCAGCAGAGUGCAUGCGCAGCAGGAGACUCGCGAUCAGCGCAGGUGUGGGGCGACGCCCUUGGAGAGAUCAACAGCCCCGAUGGUGUGCAUUCAAUUCUCCGCUUUAUUGCGGAUGGGAAUAGCAACAGGCCUGCCUCAACAGCAGCAGCAGCUGCUGCUGCUUCUGCUGGAGGGGGAGGGGCAGGUGCUGGCAGCACGUCGGGCGACGGAGCAGCAGCGCAUGCAGCCGUGUCGUUGGGGCUGCCGCAGUGGUCGUCCCGAAGCCCCUUGAACAGUAGCAGCACGAACAGCAGCAGCAACAGCAACAGCAGCAGCAGCACGAGCGCAAGCAGCAGAAGCAGCAACAGCAGCAGCAGCAGCAGUUCUGCUCCUAGCUGUAGCUGGGGUCCAUCAGCUUUGUCUUCCUUGGUAGGCCCCGCAUCUGUUUCUUCGCAUAACUUCAGCAGCAACAGCAGCAACAACAACGCAACAGCAACACCAGCACCUGCAGCAGCAGCAGCAGCAGCAGGAUCGUCUCCUUGCUGCACAAGAGACAGCACAGAAGGAGACAACACCGAGGAAGCAGCAGACCUGCAACCGUGGCGGCGAGCAGUUUGCGUUAUUCUGGAAGACGUGCUAGAGAAUUGCAUUCUAGAAGUGGGUACGGAUAUGCGGCACUGUGGCAGCAGCAGCAACAACAACAGCAGCAGCAGCAGCAGUUUAUCGAGGGAAAGGCUGCAAUUCGCGCCGAUGGUGGGGCGGCUGAAGGCCCUAGCAGCGCGCAGCAGCAGCAAAGCGGAGCUAAGGCCCUUCUUGCGUCUCUUCUCCCGCAGCAUUCGUCUCGGUAUUGUACCUAGUAAGCAAUCAACAGAUAUGCAGCAGCUGCUGCUGGAUGCUCUGGGUGCAUUGGAUGAUGCUAUGGCUUCUACAAGAGCCCUGGCAAACCCUCCGCAGCAGCAGCUGCAGCAGCAGCAGCAGCAGCUGCAAAUGCAACAGCAGCAGCAGCAACUCCAGGCGCAACUGCAACAGCAGCAGCAGCAGCAACAGCAACAGCUGCAACAGCAACACCGUCACCAACGCCUGCCCUCUUCGCCGUGCUGCAGGCCGGGGGCAAUAUCUGUGGAGGUGUACGAACAGUAA